GCGGCCGCGCGCACCAUGCCCUCCUUCGACGAGGCGCUGCAGAGAGCCGGCGAGUUCGGGCGCUUCCAGCGGCGCGUGUUCCUGCUGCUGUGCCUGACGGGCGUCACCUUCGCCUUCCUCUUCGUCAGCGUGGUCUUCCUGGGCACCCAGCCCGACCACUACUGGUGCCGCGGGCCGAGCGCCGCGGCGCUGGCCGAGCGCUGCGGCUGGAGCCCGGAGGAGGAGUGGAACCGCACGGCGCCCGCCCGCCGCGGCCCCGAGUCCCCCGGGCGCCCCGGCGACGGCCGCUGCCAGCGCUACCUCCUGGAGGCGGCCAACGCCAGCGCGGCCGCCCCGGGCGCGCUCAGCUGCGCCGACCCGCUCGCCGCCUUCCCGAACCGCUCGGCGCCCCUCGUGCCGUGCCGCGGCGGCUGGCGCUACGCCCAGGCCCACGCCACCAUCGUCAGCGAGGUAAGGGCGCCCCGCUCCGCUCCCCGCCGGGCCCGCCGCCCCUCGCGCGGGGCCACAGCCUUCGGGCAUCUCUCCGGGACGCGCCUGUCCCGCGUUCCGAAGCUGGCGGGGAGGACGGUGCUGACUCUCUGGCGACACGUAGAGUGCGAGAAGUAUGGCAGAACAGUCAUUUACUUAAUAUCCUGUCUUGGCGUUGGCGUCACUGGUGUCGUGGUGGCCUUUGCACCAAAUUUCCCUGUGUUUGUAAUCUUCCGAUUCCUGCAAGGUGUGUUUGGAAAGGGGACGUGGAUGACUUGCUAUGUGAUUGUGACAGAAAUAGUAGGUUCAAAACAAAGGAGGAUUGUGGGAAUAGUGAUUCAAAUGUUCUUCACCCUUGGAAUCAUAAUUCUCCCUGGAAUUGCCUACUUUAUCCCCAGUUGGCAAGGGAUCCAGCUAGCCAUAACGCUGCCCAACUUUCUCUUCCUCCUUUAUUACUGGGUGGUUCCUGAAUCUCCCCGCUGGCUGAUUACGCGGAAGAAAGGAGACAAAGCAUUAAAAAUUCUGAGAAGCAUUGCUAAAUGCAAUGGGAAGUAUCUCUCACCAAAUUACUCGAAGAUUACUGUUACAGAUGAGGAAGUUAGUAAUCCAUCCAUUUUAGACCUGGUGAGAACUCCCCAAAUGAGGAAGUGCACACUUAUACUUAUGUUUGCUUGGUUCACAAGUGCAGUGGUAUAUCAAGGACUUGUCAUGCGCCUGGGAAUUAUAGGAGGCAACCUCUAUAUAGACUUUUUCAUCUCGGGAGUUGUGGAACUGCCAGGAGCUCUCUUGAUCUUACUAACCAUUGAGCGUGUUGGACGACGCCUCCCCUUUGCGGCAAGCAAUAUAAUGGCGGGGGUGGCGUGCCUUGUCACUGCAUUCUUACCAGAAGGGAUACCAUGGUUGAGGACCACAGUUGCUACCCUGGGAAGACUAGGGAUAACCAUGGCCUUUGAAAUUGUUUAUUUGGUAAAUUCAGAAUUGUACCCAACAACAUUACGAAACUUUGGAGUUUCACUGUGUUCAGGUUUGUGUGAUUUUGGGGGAAUCAUAGCUCCAUUUCUGCUCUUCCGGCUAGCAGCUGUGUGGCUAGAACUACCUCUGAUAAUCUUUGGUAAGAACUCACUUUUUAUGCUGUUCUUAAGAGCUUUCAUCUACAUUCUUUGCAUUAACAGAACCCUAUAAUGAUCAUCAGAUUAUUAGGUUAUUAAUGAUAUCCAUUUCAUCUUUUUAUGACAACUGUUUCGGUUUUGAGGAGCCAAUCUGAUUACAGUAAAAUUUGAAAUGCUAAAUGGCUUUAAUUUACUUUAUAUUAAAGGGUGGUGAUAAACCAUGUUUGAUUUAGCCUUUUUUGUUUAGGUUCUGAGUUAAAAUCAAACACUACGAAACUCUUUUAUGGUAUUGGGAAACAGAACAGGUAAUUUUCAGGGGACCCAAUUGGAUCUUUGAUAUGUUUAAAAAUAAGCCUAAGGAUUAAUUGCAUCUUUAAAUGUUCUCUAUCAAUAUCACAUUUUAAUUUUCUCUGAUGCCAGAAAUGCCACGAUGAGAGAACAGGGAACUCAAAAUCACUCACACGUGCUCCAUAACCUCUUCCACGUCCCUCCAGGGAGCUUCUGCCCUCCCCUCCCCUCAGCUGUAAAGGACGCUGGUUGGCCCCGUUCUCACCCGACCUUUCCUCCACCUCCACUUCCUUAUUCUCAAUAGAGAAUGUUUUUCAUUUCUUGUUCAACAGUUGAAAUUUGAAAUUUGAAUGAAAAUUUUGAGCCCAUGAGGACAUACCUUCAGAUUCAUGCAAAGAUCCUUUGACAGUGCCGGGGACAAAAAAGCAACUGCUAACCACUUAACUCCGGUGAACUCAAUAAAAGAUCACCUCAAAUUAUUCAGUGGGCUUUGACCAUUGAGCUGAGUGUUGUUCUGUGGCCAGCAUGAAAAAGCAGAGAAUGUCAGUGUCUGGCGAGGACAGAGUAGUCCAGGAGACAGGGCGCCUGACCCUCCAGGACUGUGGCUGGUCAGGUGGCACCCAGGCUGCACGCUGGCCCUUCCUUCACAGGGCCUGGGUGGGGACAGAGCCGAAUUUCUGAAAGCUCAGUGAGGACGGUGUGCUCUCUGCUGAGACCCUGAGAGGAGAGGCAGCUGUGAGAACAUGGCACAGGGACCCUGGCCCCGCUGUCUUUGUGGUGGGGACACUGGGUGGUGGGCUGUGGCACAUCUCUUCCGGUGCCACCUUCAGUGAUGUAUGUGGGCAGCCUGACACGCCAACGUGGCAGCAUUUACACCUUGCCAGUGGGCAGACGCUACAAAUCAAGGCUUCAUUUUCCAAAACCGGCUGUUAAACAUUUACCAGCACACCGCUGCGGAGAAAUAGGAGAGGCUGGCAUUUCAGGAAUUUGGGCUCCAGAGAACAGAAAACAGCGGUGACUGGUGGACAAUGUGUGGUUGAGAGGAGGCUUGUUAAGGCGGAGACCUGAGUGUGUUUAGAAGCUUCUACCAAUAGGGUAAAGACCCCCCGGAAAAAGGGGUUUAAUCACCACCGGGAGGAGCCCAGAAAGACAGGCCCAGGUGAGCGCUCGCCCUGGGCAGAAGCAGGGACAAGUUUUACCUGCACUGUGAAGGAGGGACAGCAGGGAGAGC